UCUAUCUCUCGCUCUGUAUUCUUCCACUCUGUUUCCCCCGAUACCUUCCUACUAAUAUCUUUUCCAGUCUGACUCUAGAGGAUGAAUCUGCAACUCCUCUGCUCUGCUAUCGCUUUAAUGGGGCAGGCCAUCCAACCGGUAGCGGCAAAUGGCCAAAGCUCCCUUGGUACCACUAAUAUCGAGAAGCGCUACAACUUUGCGGACAUGGACCAGUUCUUUGGUGGCGUGCUUGUCAAGAAUGGCACACAGACAUCGUGCCAGUUGGCGCUUCUGAACAACCAGGCUGGUCUGGUUGCCGCUAACUGCCUGGACUACAUUGGAAACAGCGUGAACAAUGCUACAAAGUAUGAGGUGUAUGUGAGCGGCACCCCAAAGGGUCAAGCCGUCAAAGUUCACAUCAGAGAAAAUUAACGUUCAUGCCUGGCUACGAUCCGAUCUCGCUGGCCAACAAUGUCGCCAUUAUACAGUACAACAUCUCGACAAGCUUCAGCUGGGACUUUACACUUGGCGUCAAUGUUACAGAGUACACCGAUGUGUACUUUGUGCGCCGCUCGCUGAAAAACCUUACAGCUAUGGAGUGGUAUCCAAAUGACGUUGUCUCGGUCAAGGCAUCCGACAGCCAGUGCAGCUCCUGGUCAAACGUCUUUUCGGAAAACAAAGGGGACUGGAUGUGUAAUAACAAAACCACCGAGUCGAUAUUUACCAGCAAGUGCAAUGUGCCGUAUGGUACGGUCUACGGCAUCAUGGGAAAGACAUACACGCUUGCUGGCGUUUACAGCCACACAGUGGUCCGCGGUGAUAAUGUGUGCAGCGACAGCAAGCAGCUCCAGUACUACACGAUGUUUGCAAACUACUUCAACUGGGCAAAGAGUGUCCUUGGAUAUUCCAUACGGCGCGGAACAAAGAACAAGGACAAGAGCACCACCGUUCCUGCCGACUUCUCGAUGCGGCGUCCGGACUCGAUCACCAUAUCUGGCUACUCGGCUAUUGGAGGAGACCUCUACUUCCUACAGGGUGUUAAGAACCAUUCGGUUCCCGUUAUGGCGGAUGAGAGCUCCACUAAGGCAGAUCCUGGUGAUGAAAGCUUCUUGAGUGCUGACACUGGGAUUGAGUAUGGAUCUGCACUAGAGCCGGUGGAAGGGGAUACCUUUGUGAGCGGUUCGGAGCCUGUUGCUCCCAGCGAAAGCAAGAGUAUUUCCCGGGGCGAGAUCAUUGCCAUUGCCGUCUGUGUGCCUGCCGGUCUGAUCAUCAUCUUCUUGGCGGUGUUCUUCGGGCUCAAAUGGCGCAAGCGCAGACAAGCAUCACGCAGCUGGGACCCACAGCUAGAGACGGAAAACCUACGCACGGUUGCAUUGGAUAUCCCUGGUGCAACAUCAGUGGACGCCGAGGCCCCGCCCAGGUAUGAGAGUAUGCACGAGCGCAACUCGGCGCUAGCGUUUGCUAGUGCUAUUUCCGAAGUCACAAAGAGCCCCUAAUUGACUAUUUACCAUUCUAAUUUGUUUUGCAUUUUCUCUUUUCGUAUAAUAUCCCAGCAUUACCAAACAGCUAUGGCGAUAUGCUCUACGCACCUUCAUUUUGAUAUCCGCUCUGUCAUGUAGCUGAGCACAGACUCAGUAUGCGAGACAUGCUAAGGUGCUUACAUGACUUCAACAUAGUUGCAUAUUCCUGUGUGUUAAUGAGCACAAAUGAUGCCAGGUAAGCAGUUGAGUGAUAACUUCACACAAAAUUCAUUUUUGCGGCUAUAUGCUUGCCACGCAGAUCUGGCAUAUCGUUGGUGUUGACCAGAGCAAGUCCCACCACAUGCAUACUCGUCAGCGAUAGCAUCUAGAUUGGGGCCAAUCGAU